CAUCUUCGAAUACACAGCCUUGUAAACAAUCUGGACUAUGAAGCUUUGUCGUAUACCUGGGGCAACCCAUCACCUCGGCAUUACAUAACACUAGAUUCAAGCUCCAUGCCGGUGAACCCAGCGCUGCAUAUUGCUUUGUCACAUCUUUGCCAUCCCACCGAGCCGCGCACUUUGUGGAUCGAUGCCUUGUGUAUCAACCAGGAAGACUUGAAGGAGCGCGAAGAGCAAGUUGGACAGAUGAGAUUGGUUUAUAACUCUGCUAGAAGAGUACUUGUAUGGCUCGGAGAGGAGGACCAGAACAGUGGCGCAGCCAUGAGUCUGAUUGCAAAUAUAGGUGGCGUCGACUUGAAAAAGCUCCAACACAACAGUGCUUUUCCAAGGCGAGCGGAAUGGAACGCGCUUUUUGCUUUAUUGCAAAGACCUUGGUGGAAUCGCGUCUGGAUUAUUCAGGAAGUUACAGUGGGGAAAUCAGAUCCCUUUGUAGGAUGUGGAAACCAGUGGGUUCCAUGGUCGAAAUUCGAAGAAUUGGAUCAAAUUCUUGGGGAGCUAGAAGAAAUCGGCGCCAAGGUUGUCGAAGGUAUUGAAAACCCGAUUUCAAGGCUGAGAAUUAUUCGAGCUGGAACUCAAGGCCGGCUAAAAACGUCUUGGAGGAACCUAUUCCUGUUAUUGAGAGCUACAAAUGGAUGUCAAACGACAGAUGCGAGAGACAAAGUGUUUGCACUUUUGGGGUUAAGUUCUGAGAAGGAUCAAAGUGUGAUUCGUCCGGAUUACACGAAAUCAGCAGUCGAAAUUUAUACGGCAGUAGCGAAACACCUCAUUCGAUCUGAAGAGAGCCUGAACGUACUUAUGUAUUUCAAACCAAGCGAGCUUCCUGGCCUACCUUCCUGGGUACCAGAUUUCAACCUGUCUAGUGCUAGCAGAACAUAUGUAGGAGAAACUCCUGGUAAAGGAGCAUCAGCCGAUAGCAAACCAGUUGUGGACUUCUUGAACGAUUCUAAGAUCAAGGCGCGCGGAUGGAUCUUAGACGAAGUACAAGAAACCAGCCAAGAGGAAUACGACGCCGAAAAUCCUGGUAUCAGUGUUUCUAAUUUUGAGAAGCUCGCACGUAAGACUCUGUCUGAGGUUCCGACAAUGAAGGAGGAAGAAAGUCUAUCAGAAGCAUUCUGGCGAUGCCUCGUGGCAGACAGAACCUUGAACUACGAGUUCCCAGCUCCAGAUUCCUACGGGCACUUGUACUCAGUGUUCUGCGGCAAAGUUUCAGUUCCUGACGAUUUUGAGCAUGAGAUUUCAGACAGUGGGGCACGAAAAGAUACUUACUUGCAUCCAUUGACUUCGAGCAUGCUUUCGAAUUUGUACAAGGCGAGAUUCUUCAUAACUCGCGAAGGUAGGCUGGGUUUUGGGCCGCUAGACACACGGAAAGGUGAUUUGAUAGUUGUUUUGCAAGGAGCAGAUGUACCUUUUGUAGUCAGGGAAUGCGAUAACGACGGGGUCUAUACUAUUUUGAGGGAAGCUUAUGUUUCUGGUUUGAUGUUCGGGGAAAUGUUUGAAAGGCAGAGUAGCUUAAGUUUUGACCGGGGAUACAGGGACCUUGUCAUUUGUUGAACAUUGGCAUCAAAUCUUCC